UCCACAAGUUAAUUAUCUCCUCCCAACCAAAACACAAAAAAAAUAAAUAAAUAAAUAUAAAAAAGAAAAAAGAAAAAAAAAAAAAGAAGAGGAUAGGAAAAGAGAGUGGAAGAGUGGAGGUAGGGAGCGGGUAGAUCUUGGGUGUUGCGAGGUCAUAGUCUGCCAUCUUUACGUGGGACCCGGCACCGAUUCCUCUCCUCAUCACCCUCCAGCUCUCUUCGGCACGUUGGCACUCUGUCCACCAUAUCUCUCUCUCUCUCUCUCUCUCUCUCUACCCACUCUUUCUCUCUCCUCCCCCCUAUCCAUCUAUCCAUCUAUAUCUAUCUUUGGUUUGAGUAUGUUAUUAAUACCCUAAUCCCCUACUAUCAUCCCUUUAACCCCAACUCACCCCAACCCAGAUGUCCUUUCUUCCCUCACAUUCUAUAACUUUUCUACUCACAACAAUUACAAUUAUGAUCAACUUUUGCGUCAAAAGCGUACACUCUUUGCUCAAUUUCGCUAACUCCAAGGACAACAACAAUGGAACAGUAGUUGAAACCCCCCCUCGCCACCACUGCCAGAAUCUUGCAUCUCCGGUCACCGGCGGCCUCAGUUUCGUCGCUCUCACCGCCGACAACAUCCACCGACCCACCAAUGUCGUUGAGUCCUCCGCCGUCAAAUCACCAUCACCACCUUCCUCUCCCAGUGCUACCACCGCCGCUGCCGUGAAGAUAGGGUUUCUUGAUAAGGUGGGAGGAAGCGUGGACGGGCUGAUGUUGUGUACCGAGAGUUUAGGGUUUGAAAGCUCCGAUGAGUGGAGGGUUGAUGACAAGAUUGAGAAUAUUAGCGACGAUGUGGUGAAUUCGAUGACGACGACGACGAUUCGGCCAAAAAGGAAUAGAAUGGGAUGGAGGAGUGAGGUGAAGAAUUUUCCACCGCCAUUAUCGUCGAUGAAUCAGAACGGAAACCCGAUUUUCUAUCUCCGGCCGGUGAGGAGAGACGGGAGGUUAGAGCUCAUGGAGGUGAAGAUUGAACGGCUUGAGGUUUUACGUGCCUCCCGCGAAGAUGGACGGUUGAGAUUAUAUCUCAUUAGAGAUAUAGAUGUUCAAGAAGAAGAACAAGUAGAGGAAGAGGAAAAGAUUGAAGAAGUUAUUGAAGAAGAAGAAGAAGAAGAACAAGUAGAGGAGGAGGAGGAGGAGAUUGAAGAAACUAUUGAAGAAGAAGAAGAAGAAGAAGAAGAGAUGAGUGGGAAGUGGGUAUUUCCGGUGAAAAGUGGCGAUGGAGAUGGUUUUCGAAGGUGUCAUGAGCUGGUUCACCACCACCACCACCAUAAUCUGCAUGGGUGGAGCCAGCACAGUGUGACGAUAAGAUGAGAUUAAUAAGGUGGUCAGAUGACGUGUCUGUGAAUAUGGAUGAUAUAUACACAAUUUGAAUGCAUUUUUGUUGCUAAAUUUAGCAGAGCUGGCAAGGGUGGUGAAUUGGCAAUAGUGGAAAGAAAGAUACAUACAUGGUGGAUUCUGUCUUUUUCAAGUCUUUGGAAUGAUACCAUAGGAAAGGAAUCCACAGAGCAAUACAUCAGAUGAGAGAGAGAGAGAGAGAGUGAGGGAGAGAGAAUUUGGAAGCUUUUACAACAAUCAAUGUUAAUUUGUUACGCAAGAUUUAAUUUUUGAAAAAAAAAAAAAAUUUGUUUUCUCAUGUUACUAAAA